AACGCGCCUCGCGCGGCAGUGAUGUAUCCAUGAAGUCGUUACUACAAAGAUGGCGGAUUUCCUGCCCUCCCGGGCUAUAGUUUGUAUUCCCAAUUGUCUUCUCUCCAGUGGCGAAAUUGACCAAAUCAGAAAGUCUAAGGAGAUCGAUAAAAGCCUGCAUCGAGAGAAGACUUUUGUGAAGAAACUGGUGAAGAUCUUGCUGCUAGGAGCAGGCGAAAGUGGCAAGUCAACUUUCCUCAAACAAAUGCGCAUAAUUCAUGGGCAGGACUUCGAUCAGCGGGCCAAAGAAGAGUUCCGGGCUACAAUCUACAGCAAUGUUAUCAAAGGUGUCCGAGUGCUGGUGGAUGCCCGUGAGAAGCUGCACAUCCCUUGGGGAGAUCCUGAGAAUCAGGUUCAUGGGGAGACAAUGAUGGCCUUUGACACCCGCUCAUCCAUUAUGGCCAAAGGGAUGGUGGAGACCAAAGUCUUCCUCAACUACCUGCCCUCCAUCCGUGCCCUGUGGCAAGACAGUGGUAUUCAGAAUGCCUAUGACAGACGGAGAGAGUUUCAGCUGGGUGAAUCUGUGAAGUAUUUCCUGGACAAUGUGGAUAAACUUGGACAAUUGGACUACUUGCCCAGCCAAAAGGAUAUACUUCUGGCACGAAAGCCCACCAAGGGUAUCCAUGAGUAUGACUUUGAGAUCAAGAGUGUUCCUUUCAAGAUGGUGGAUGUGGGAGGGCAGCGGUCAGAGCGCAAGCGGUGGUUUGAGUGCUUUGACUCCGUGACCUCCAUUCUCUUCCUAGUCUCAUCCAGCGAAUACGAUCAGGUGCUCAUGGAAGACCGUCAGACCAACCGGCUCACAGAGUCGCUUAGUAUCUUCGAGACUAUCGUCAACAACCGCGUCUUCGCCAGUGUCUCCAUCAUUCUCUUCCUCAAUAAGACAGACUUGCUUGAAGAAAAAGUUAAGAAUGUAAACAUCAAGGACUACUUCCCCGAGUUCACAGGAGAUCCCCAUAAUCUGCCGGAUGUGCAGAAGUUCCUGGUUGAUUGCUUCCGUAACAAGCGUCGUGAACCGCAGCAGAAGCCCCUUUACCAUCACUUCACCACUGCCAUUAACACGGAGAACAUUCGACUCGUCUUCCGUGAUGUCAAAGACACCAUCUUGCACGACAACCUUAAACAGCUUAUGUUACAAUGAAAGGCACCGAUUGGUCUUGAAGAACAUUCCAUUUUAAUUAGGUUUUUACUUUAUUUAAUACGAAGUACAGGUGGUUCGAUACAUAUUGUGGUUGAAGAAAAGUAGAUGGGGUAAUUAUGCAACUUUAAUUUUCUUUAGUAUAUAAUAACAGUUAUAUACAGAUUUGAUAUAAAAGCAACCUCUUUAAGCUUUUAGCCGUAUCAAAUAUGCUAAGGAAUGGCCCUCAGUUAUUCACCAAAAUGCUGUAAUUUUCCAUGUUUACUGUAUGCUUAUCAGCGCAUAUAUUCGUAUAAUGGAACUGUUAACACUCCUGUAUUCCAUAGGCUUUACACCUGGUUUUGAUUAAGUUUUAAUAAAAGAAAGUGUGAGAACUCAGGGCUUUAAAUCUUUAAUUCAAAGAGCUCUUCUGAUCUAGUCAGGAGUUGUUUAUGGGCUUGAUGAGUCAGGUUUUAUAUGUAUGUGUGUAUGUAUGUAUAUGUGUGUGUAUAUAUAUAUAUAUAUAUAUAUAUAUAUAUAUAUAUAUAUAGAGGCCCUAGUGUCUUUUCUUUCUUUUUUUUUUUUUGAUAGAACAUGGUUUCACUCCCUUGGUCUUCCCACACUCAAAAUAACUUACUUGGAUCGUGACAUUAAAUUAGCACAAUUAAGGUACUUUUGUAUAGAAGUACUUAAUUUUUUAAUUUUUUUUUUUUUUUUUUUGUAAAGGGAAAGUGUCUGUUUGCCAUUCAAGCCUGUACAGAAUGCAUCUCUGUACAUACAAUUUAUUUUGCCCUCAUAAAAGCUGUAUAUUUUAUACACUAACGUGAUACCAUACAUUUAUUGUAUGUAUUCUAGAAGCCUUGAAGAAGUUUUCUGUUGUUGUUGAUUAAUUCACUUUAAAAACAGAAAGUGUCCUUAUGUUCUUUGCUCCUGUAUAAGUUAAAGUAGACAGCUUUAGCUCAGGGUUUGUAAAAUGACUGUUAAAUCAGUCCAGGUAUAUUUCUGUGUAUACUACAGACUUUUUCUUUUUUUUAAACAGGCCAAGCAAAGUCAACUUUUCCUUUAAUGUCUGUAGAUCAGUCAAAGCUGGUUUGAUGCAAGACAAAUUGAAAUCUGUUGAUCUAGAGACUAAGUCUUAAUUUAAACAAGCACUGUAAUCUGACUGUUUGUAGUAAAUUGAUAUUAACUGAUUGACUGAACGAAGGUGUUUAUGUAUAGAAUCUAAAAUAAUUUGUUCAUGCGAUGCUAGCCAUCUUUGUCACUGCCUCACUUGCUUUUUGUAGUGUUUUUUUCUUCUCUUUUUUUGAAUCACAUUUGUGUAAUUGUUUAUUAAAUCAGAUUAUUUUAUCAAAAUG